CGGAAGUGACUAUGUGACAUGUUGCUAGUCUACCGCUAAUGGCUCCCGAAAGAUAGAGCCCGACUCUGAAGAUGGCCGGGGUGUUUGAGGUAGAGGUGGAUGGGGCAGAGCACGACCAUGGGUUGGAGCAUCACGAUAAGCCAAUGCAGUUUGACUUGUCGAAGCUCACGCCUGAAGAGAAGUGGAGAGUGGAACACGCCAAGAUGCACGCCAAACACAAAGGCCACGAGGCCAUGCACGCCGAGAUGGUGCUGAUCCUCAUCGUCACGCUAGUCAUCGCCCAGCUCGUCCUCGUGCAGUGGAAACAGAGACACCCCAAAUCUUACAAUCUGGUGACUCUGUUCCAGAUGUGGGUAGUUCCUCUCUACUUUACUACCAAACUUCACUGGUGGAGGUUCCUGACCACGUGGUUUAUCUUCUCUGUCAUCACAGCAUAUAUUACCUACCGUGCCACUCGCAAGCCUCUGGCCUGCACAACGCCAAGAUUGGUGUACAAAUGGUUCCUCCUCCUCUACAAGAUUAGCUAUGGCACCGGGAUAGUUGGCUACACGGUUGUCAUGUUUACUCUUUUUGGUAUCAAUCUUAUAUUCAGGAUAAAGCCAGAAGAUGCAAUGGACUUUGGUGUGUCUCUGCUAUUUUACGGGCUGUACUACGGUGUUCUUGGAAGGGACUUUGCAGAGAUGUGUGCUGACUUCAUGGCGUCAACAGUCGGUUAUUACAGUGCGUCGGGAAUGCCAACCAAGCAUUUGUCCGAUAAUAUCUGCGCCGUAUGUGGUCAAGCUAUCCUUGUUGACGUCAGUGAAGAAGGCAUCAUAGAGAACACAUACAGAUUAUCAUGCAACCAUGUUUUCCAUGAGUUCUGCAUAAGAGGUUGGUGCAUCGUCGGAAAGAAGCAGAUGUGCCCGUACUGCAAGGAGAAAGUGGACCUGAAGCGAAUGUUCAGUAACCCUUGGGAAAGGCCUCAUGUCAUGUAUGGCCAGCUUUUGGACUGGCUCCGCUACUUGGUGGCCUGGCAGCCUGUUAUCAUUGGCUUUGUGCAAGGCAUCAACUACGUCCUCGGUCUGGAGUGAUCGGCAAAUGCGGGAAACGGACGGACUGCAUCACGGAGAAGAAAAAAUUCUCCGAUUUAAAUAACUGGGAGCCUGGCAAUGAACUGAAGCAUUCAUUCAAAAGUGUCUGUACUUUUUGUAUAUAUUUUUAGGCUUACAAUGCCAGGACUAAUGUUUCAAUUCAUUAGUAAUUCCAAUUUCCUGUUAAUUCUCAUAAUUUGCAGCACACCCUAAUUGGUUUUUGCAACUAAUGCCCUAGUAAAACUGUUCAUAAUCA